GGGAAAAAAGGAAAAAAAUGUGAAUAAAUUUCUUGUUUUGAAUAAAACUUCAGAAACUUGUCAGUGUCAUUUCUUGUGUCACAAAAAUGAUGCGAAGUGAUUCUUCGUUUAGCAUUAAUAAAAAACCAGAACAUCCGCAAAAAAAUUCCAAUUGGUUGUCGCUAAUCACCUUCUGGUACGUCAUUUCUAUAUUUAGGAAAGGAAAUAAGAGGGAUUUUGACGAAGGGGAUUUGACGAAGCCUUUAGAUGAACACAAAUCGUCGAUUUUGGGCGAGAGAUUGGCGGUGUUUUGGAGUAGGGAAGUGCAAAGGGCUAAGGAGCACGGAGAGGUGCCCAAUUUGACCAAAGUCCUUGUUAGAAUGUUUCUAAAAGACAUACUGUUGCAAGGGACGGCUUUGUUUAUAAUGGAAGUGCCAGUCAGGUUGAGUCAACCGAUUUUUCUGGGACUGCUUUUGCGGUAUUUUAAUCCGGAAAAUGAACAAAGCGUGGAGUCUCAACACUCCCCCACAUACUUGAUGCGCAUUUUCAAGUACUGGAGCCACGACCAAAGCCCCAUCCAACUCGGCGAGGCAUAUUUUUUUGCUUCGGGCAUCGUUAUGUGCAGUUUGGUGAACGUCGCAAUAAUUCAUCCCUGUAUGAUGGCCGUGAUGCACAUAGGGAUGAAAAUUAGGGUGGCGUGUUGCUCCCUCAUCUACAGAAAGACCCUCCGACUCGAUUUAGUCUCACUUUCCGGUCCUACGGUCGGCAAUGUCGUCAAUUUGAUGUCAAACGAUGUCAACCGAUUCGACCUAUCGGUCUUGUAUUUCCACUACUUGUGGAUCGCCCCCUUGCAGAUGAUUUUUUUCAUUUUGAUAAUGUACAAAGAGAUCGGAAUUGCAGUGGUCGUGGGAAUUUCAGCGAUUUUGAUUGUUAUACCACUCCAAGCCUGGUUUGGUAACCGGACUUCGCGAUUUCGGCUCAAAACGGCCGCAAGAACGGACGAAAGAGUUCGACAAAUGAACGAAAUUAUCCAAGGAAUGCAAGUUAUAAAAAUGUACACCUGGGAGCACGCCUUUGCUCAACAAAUCCAUGAAUUGCGAAGUCUUGAAAUACAGGUUUUGAAACAAACUUCUUACAUCCGUGGGGCGAUUUUAUCGUUUAUCAUGUUUACCACUCGAUUCGCAAUUUUUUUAACAGUGGUUGCGAUUGUUUUACGCAAACGCACGAUCACAGCCGAAAGCGUCUUCGUCAUAGCUUCGUUUUAUCAAAUUCUGCGCCAAACAAUGACUCUGUUUUUCCCCUACGCUAUCGCACAAAUCGCCGAAACCAAUGUUGCCGUGACAAGGAUUAAAAAAUUCCUUCUGAUGACUGAAACACAAGUCGGCGAUCCGACUAUAUUCAACCCCGAUUUGAACAAAUUGGACAAACUUAGUGACACAUGGGAUGCCCCGAACGUGUCCUUGAGUCACGUUUCGGCAAAAAUCGACGACGAGGUGUGUCUACACAACGUGUCCUUGACCAUCGAAAAGAAUCAAUUGACUGCAGUUAUCGGCAAAGUCGGGGCGGGUAAAAGUUCGCUCUUGAAUGCGAUUCUAGGGGAAUUACAGCCGUGUCUAGGGAAUGUCCGUGUGAAAGGGGUGGUGUCGUACGCAUCGCAGGAGCCGUGGCUUUUCGCAGGGUCUGUCCGUCAGAAUAUUUUAUUCGGGCACGAAUUCGACAGGGAGAGAUAUUACGAAGUGGUCCGGGCCUGUGCUUUAAUCCGCGACUUUCAAUUGUUGCCCUACGGUGACCAGACCAUAGUUGGGGAAAAAGGCACGUCGUUAAGUGGGGGCCAAAGGGCGCGUAUAAACCUGGCACGCGCCGUUUACAAAGAAGCCGAUAUAUAUUUACUGGACGAUCCUUUAUCGGCCGUGGACGCCAGUGUCGGAAAACACCUCUUCGAUAAAUGUAUCACGGGUUUUCUUUCCGACAAAAUUGUGGUUUUGGUCACACACCAGUUGCAAUUUUUGAGCGAAGUUGAAAAUGUCGUUCUAAUGCACGACGGGACAAUCGAAGCCACAGGCUCGUACCAGUUUUUGGGGAGUACGGGCCUGGAUUUUACUGAAUUUUUGAAAAAUCAGUUGGCAGUGGACGUGGAGACUGAGGUGCAAACUGUGACGAGGGUUGAGUCUAUCAUGAAGGAUUUGCGGAUACAGAGUACGUUGAGCAUAAAUGUGAUUGAUAAGGAAGGACAAAGGUAUGCGCCGAAACAAACGGCCGAAUUGAGGACCCAAGGCUCAGUCGAGUGUUACAUCUACAAGCAGUAUUUCAAAGCUAGCGGCAAUUGUUUGGUCAUUUUUAGCGUCGUACUCUUGUUUUUAGGAGCACAGUUUCUAGCCAGCGGCGGGGAUUUUUUCCUUGCCCAAUGGGUGGACGUCGAAGAAAUCCGCUCACGCAAUGAAAACGUCCACAAUAGCAGUUUAACCCUCCGAAAUCUCGGCACCGAUUCAUCAAUCGCCAUCUACUCAGUCCUCAUUUUUCUCACAAUGGUGGUGGCCCUGACGCGUUCGUUUGUGUUUUUCACAGUGUGUAUGCGCGCCAGUAUCAAUUUGCACGAUCGCAUGUUUCAGAGUAUAAUAACAGCAUCUAUGCAAUUCUUCAAUACCAACACUUCGGGUCGAAUUCUGAACCGAUUUUCCAAAGAUUUGGGAGCUAUCGAUGAGAUGCUGCCGAACGCGAUGAUCGAUUGUUCUCAGAUUAUGUUGAAUUUGCUUGGGGCGGCUGUGGUUGUGACGAUGGUCAAUUAUUACCUUAUCAUUCCAACGUUUUUGAUUUGUGUGAUUUUCUUCUUUUUGCGACGAUUUUAUAUCAAGACAAGUCGGAGUGUUAAACGGCUGGAAGGAAUAAGCAGAAGUCCGGUUUUUGCACAUUUAAAUGCUUCGAUUCAAGGUUUAACGACGGUGCGAUCAAAUAAUGCCGAAACUAUUCUAACAAAGGAGUUUGAUAAGUUGCAAGAUGAUCAUUCGAGUGCUUGGUUCAUGUUUAUUGCGUGCGCGAGGGCUUUCGGCUAUUGGUUAGACUUGCUUUGUGCAUUCUACAUCGCAAUUAUUGCUUACAGUUUUCUAAUUUUUGACAACACCGGAAGUAACGUCGGUUUGGCUAUAACCCAAGCAAUCGGUUUAACCGGCCUAUUUCAGUGGGGCAUGAAGCAGUCAGCCGAACUCGAGAACCAAAUGACUUCAGUCGAAAGAAUCUUAGAAUACAUAAAUCGAGUUGAACAUGAACCGGACUUGAAAUCUAAGCCUGGUAAAGAGCCUCCUCCCGAUUGGCCACAAGAAGGCCGAGUCGAAUUCCAAAACCUUGUCCUUAAGUAUAAACCCAAUGACCCUCCCGUUCUAAAAAGGCUAAAUUUUAAAAUUGACCCUAAGGAAAAGAUAGGAAUCGUAGGGAGAACCGGUGCAGGGAAGUCCUCAAUGAUUUCGGCUCUUUUCCGAUUGGCUUAUUUCGACGGUGCCGUAAUGGUCGAUGGAGUUGAUACGAACGAGAUCGGGUUACACGAUCUUAGACGAAAAAUAUCUAUCAUACCACAAGAGCCAGUCCUGUUUUCGGGAUCUUUGCGAUACAACAUGGAUCCGUUUCAUAAACAUGGCGACGAAGAGAUUAUCAAUGCUUUGAUUGUUGUUGAAAGUAAAGCAGCACUUUCGGAAGGAGUCGAUUGUUUAAAACAUCACGUGUCGGAGGGCGGAGUUAACAUCAGCGUGGGUGAACGUCAACUUAUUUGCCUUGCCCGAGCAGUCUUGCGGAAUAACAGAAUUUUGGUACUGGAUGAAGCCACGGCCAACGUUGACCCACAAACCGAUAAGUUUAUCCAAACUACGAUUCGUCAAAAAUUUGCCAAAUGUACCGUUCUAACAAUUGCACAUCGUCUGCACACCAUUAUGGAUUCAGACCGAGUUUUGGUCAUGGAUGCAGGAGCAGCGGUAGAGUUCGAUCACCCCCAUAUCCUAUUACAAAACCGUUUCGGUUUCUUAUCAUCCAUGGUGGAUAAGACGGGCAAAGCUAUGGCCAAAAAUCUCAAAGACAUUGCAAAAGAGAAUUACGAAUUAAAACAAAAAAGGCGCGACGACGGUGUACAAUAAUUAAGUUUUUAAAAAAUAAAAUAAGCUUUGAAAUACUUAAUCUAAUUGUAAAAAAGAAACGGAAAUGACUUAUUUAUUAACACUUAUCACUUUUGCUAGUAGUUGCUCACAUGUUUUCUUCGCGUCGCCGAGUAGCAUGGACGUGUUGGGUUUGUAGAAAACUGGAUUAUCAACAGCCGCGUAGCCUACACCUAGUGAACGUUUCAUAACGAUCACGUGAUCUGAUUUCCAGAC